CGCGCGGGGCGGCGGCGCCGCGCUCAGUGCGCGCUCCCGGCCGCCCGCGCCCCUCGGUCCCUGCUCUCGCCCGGCGGCCCCGCGCCCGGGACCCGCCGCAGCCAUGUCCAAGGAGCCGCGGGCCGUGCGGGAGGAGAUCGUGGAGUGCCGGGUGAUGUGGCGGCCCGACAGCAAGAAGAACACGCAGAUGGACCGCUUCCGAGCGGCGGUCGGCGCCGCCUGCGGCCUGGCGCUCGGAAAUUACAAUGACUUGUACCAUUGGUCAGUGGAGUCCUAUUCAGACUUCUGGGCAGAGUUCUGGAAAUUCAGCGGAAUUGUCUCCUCAUGCAUGUAUGAUGAGGUUGUGGACACAUCGAAAGGGAUCGCAGAUGUGCCCGAGUGGUUCAAAGGCAGCCGCCUAAACUAUGCAGAAAACCUGCUGCGACACAAGGAGAAUGACCGCGUUGCCCUUUAUGUUGCAAGGGAAGGCAAAGAGGAAAUUGUAAAGGUGACUUUUGAAGAGCUGAGGCAGCGAGUGGCCCUGUUUGCAGCAGCGAUGAGGAAGAUGGGCGUGAAGAUAGGCGAUCGGGUUGUCGGUUAUUUGCCCAACUGUGCGCCCGCCGUGGAGGCCAUGCUGGCUGCUGCCAGUGUUGGUGCCAUCUGGAGCUCCACCUCCCCAGACUUCGGUGUGAAUGGUGUUCUGGACCGGUUCUCCCAAGUCCAGCCGAAGCUCAUCUUCUCCGUAGAGGCAGUGGUGUACAACGGCAAAGAACACAACCACAUGGAGAAGCUGCAGCAGGUCGUGAAAGGGCUGCCGGACCUGAAAAAAGUUGUGGUGAUCCCUUACGUCACCACCAGGGAGAACAUAGACAUUUCCAAGAUUCCAAAUAGCACGUUUCUGGAUGAUUUUCUUGAAAUCGGGACAGGAGAGCAAGCCCCCCAGCUGGAGUUUGAGCAGCUGCCUUUCCGCCAUCCUCUCUUUAUUAUGUUUUCUUCAGGCACGACAGGAGCUCCCAAGUGCAUGGUGCACUCGGCCGGGGGCACUCUCCUCCAGCACCUGAAGGAGCACAUGCUUCAUGGCAACAUGAGCUGCAGUGACGUCAUCCUGUACUACACCACGGUCGGCUGGAUGAUGUGGAAUUGGCUGGUGACCGCGCUGGCCACAGGCGCGUCCGUGGUGUUGUACGAUGGCUCCCCACUGGUGCCCACGCCUAAUGUGCUCUGGGACCUGGUGGACCGGAUAGGCAUCACCAUUCUCGGGAGCGGGGCGAAGUGGCUAGCCGUGCUGGAGGAGAAGGACAUGAAACCAGUGGAAACCCACAGUCUGCAGACGCUUCAUACGAUUCUGUCCACGGGCUCACCCCUGAAGGCCCAGAGCUACGACUAUGUCUACAAAUAUGUGAAGAGCAACGUCCUCCUGGGCUCCAUCUCAGGUGGGACUGACAUCAUCUCAUGCUUCAUGGGCCAGAACCCUUCUGUCCCUGUGUGCCGAGGAGAGAUUCAGGCACGGAACCUGGGCAUGGCGGUGGAAGCCUGGAACGAGGAAGGAAAGGCAGUUUGGGGAGAGAGCGGGGAGCUGGUGUGCACCAAGCCGAUCCCCUGCCAGCCCACACACUUCUGGAACGACGAGAAUGGGAACAAGUACAGGAAGGCGUAUUUCUCCAAAUUCCCAGGUGUCUGGGCACACGGCGAUUACUGCAGGAUCAACCCCAAGACUGGGGGCAUCGUCAUGCUUGGCCGCAGUGAUGGUACGCUCAACCCCAACGGAGUGCGAUUUGGCAGCUCGGAAAUCUAUAACAUUGUAUACGCUCAACGGCAAGAAAGUGGAAGUGGCUGUGAAGCAGAUCAUUGCGGGAAAGACCGUAGAGCACCGCAGUGCCUUCUCCAACCCCGAGACCCUGGAUUUGUUCCGGAACAUCCCCGAGCUCCAGGACUUCUGAGUUGGACUGGCAUGCAUGCCCUUGCACCACACACGUCUGUACUAGAAACUGUAUGUUCAAGAAAUUCCUUAGACACCUAUGGCUCCUUUAAAAGGAAAUUUGCGCUUAGUGCUCUCCGGUGGGGUGAGAAGGCUUCUCUGUUCCUUAGUUAAAUCUGGGGGUUCCUGGGUCUUCCACAAGCUAGCACAGGUUCCUGGCUGUCAGAGAGCGACAGGAGGCAGUUGGAGCGUCUGUGCUGUGCCUCUCAGAGCGUCCGUGUGUGUGUACACACACCUUUGCACAGUCACGGCUUGUGUACCACUUUGACUUCGUAGUCCUGCCAUUCUCUCUUGGACUCUUAAGGGUCAGGUCUGUCUCUUCUCUUUCUGUUGAUUUCGGGCUCUCACUGCCCCCCUUGGGGCUCGUUCUCCAGUUGCUGAGUGUUACCUGUUACAAGUAACGCCCUGUGGGACAUGGUACCAUCUUUUUACAGCCCUGGUGUCGUGUGUUUGCAGAGCAUACAGUCCUCAUCCUGGUAGAGCCGGGCCCACGAGCCAGCAGAAAGUUCCCUCUGAAUCGCGAGGGGUUCUACUCUUUAAUACGAGCGCUUUAUUUCAUGGACUUAGAAUGAUCUGAAAUUUUUUUAACAUUAAUGAAGUGUCUGGUCUGCAUGGGUGUUUAAGAGCUGGCUGUCCACCUGCUCAGGGAACAGAGGUGCUCCCCUCUGGGCUGGGUGCUGGCCUGUCUGUCACCACGGGUCAUUCUGGACGGUGGCUCCUGCCCUGGGGACGGACUACUCUGGCCUCAGGAGGAGAUGCAUCUUCAGCGCUGACAUCACUGCACUUUCUCCCCGGGAUCGUCCUUGGAACUGAAUGUGGAAACCGUGUGGUUAACCCUUAUGGAUCGAAUUCCGGGUUUCCAUGGCAAGGCGGUUGUAUAUACUUUUCAGUUCAGGUUUACCAACAAAUUUCCGUAACCUUCGUGUUCAUUUUGUAUUUUUUAAAACCAAAACACUUUUUGAAUGCUUUUUUUCUGGAUUACAAAAUGUAGGGGAAAGUACUAUGAGGAAUUAAAUGCAAUAAAUAUAUACAUACAUAUAUACACACACACCCACACACACACCCUUAUUCGUGUGUAGCUGCGCAUGCACGUCUCGUCUGAAGGAGGUGACCGUGGAGGUCUGUGCCGUGAAGCCUGCGUGCUAGCCGAGAGCUGUGCCCUGGUGGAGCGUUUGGUCCACGUUGCUGGAGCCUCAACUGGGCUGUCACGGACCCUGUGGCCACCGGACAAAGGGUGCUCCCAGCCGAAGCCAGCGCCCCAGAGGAGGGUCAACGUCCUCACUUGGAUCUUGCGACCCCGGGGUCCCCAGCUCUGAGAGGGUAGCCUUCUGAACCACAGCUCCUCUCUGUUGCCGGAGCUUCGGUGGCAUGGCCCAGAAUCCAGGCUUAUCUCGGCAGGGGUUUAUUGACCCCGUCCCUACAGGGCACGGGUGACUCCAGGAGAUGGCAGUGCCCUGGCCUUCCGUCUCCCUGCCUGCUGCCCUCCCCAGGGUGUGACUUUCAUUUUCUUCGUUUCUGGGUGGCUGUUCUACCUCUGGCCUUGCAUCUCAUCCAGGCAGGAAGGGGAAUGAAGUGACAAGAGGGUCGGGUGACAGCAGAAAUCACUACCUCCUGACUGUGUUCCUUGGUGGCAGGAAAACCCAGCUCUGCUGGAAGCCCUGGCUGGUUCACAUCUGCUUCCAUCUCACGGGCCAGAAUUGGGUCCUGUGGCCACCCCAGCUGCAUGAAGUCUGGGGCUCUGCUUUCAGGGCCCCUAGUGGCACCGUGGGUAUCAGCCUCCUGUUGCUGCUGUGAAACCUGCCACAUGCUGAGUGGCUUAAAUCUACAUACAUCGACUGGCUCACAGCUCUGGAGUAUCAGCAGUCCAAUCGGCAGAGCUGUGUUCCUGCGGGAGGUUCUAGGGAAGAGCACGUUUCCUUGCCUUUUCCAGCUCUUGUGGGCUGCCUGCAUCCCUCGGCUCGUGGUCACUUCUGCCAUCUUCAAAGCUGCCCCAGCCGUCGGCUCUCUCUCAUGCUGCCCAUCUCUGACCCCAACCUCCUGCCCUCCUCUCUCACUGACACGGCCCCCGUGAUGAUGUCAGGCCUGCCCAAAUAACCCAGGCUGACCCCUCCACCGCCACAAAGCCACUCUGCCAGGAACGUCACGUGUUCCCAGGUUCCGGGGAGUGGGUGUGGACAGCUCAGGGCCGCCAUCCUGCCUGCCACACCUGCCAGCACAGCCGGGCCCAGGGGUGGGCAGGAAGAGAACAGCCACCGGAAGGCACCCACCUGCGUGGGCUCCGAGCUGGGGAGCUGCUGGCUGCCACUGGGCUGGGCUCUCCCCAUCCCCAAGCCCCUGAUGAUGGGCCUGCCUGCUCCCCACCCAGGGCCAGGACGGGCCGUGACCCACAAGGCCCUGUCCCCCCGUCGUGGGGCCCUAGAGACACACUUCCUCUACCAUGGACCAUGCAGGAAGAGUCACCAAGGCUCAGUCACUGCGCCUUUUAGUUCAGCGAGAUGUCACUGGCUGAUUGAGCCCGUGUGUCCUUAUUAAUAAGCCUUGCUGGACAGCUUCAUUAGUGAGAGACAGAUGGCCCCGAGCAGCAGACGCUCAAGCACACGCAGUGCAGUGCCGUCCUCGGACUUUUUUUUUUUGGCUGGGGUGGGCAUCUCCGUAAGCCACCUCCCGCAUGCUGCCCAGCUGCCUCUCAUCCCCCUUCAAGUUCCUGUCUCCCACUUCCCACCAUGCACGUGUCCCAUCAGCAGUUUUGGAAAACAUCAGGAUCUGAGACAUUCGGCUCUGGCUGGUGCUCCUGCUCAGCCCCCACGCCUCAUGAGGGUCCAGCAGCUGUGUCUCUGAAGGUCUUUUCCUCCGCCCUGCAGGAGCUACCGGGCAGCCGAGGGCUCCUUCCCCCUCUGACACCUGGGCCCGCCUUCUCACCUGGGCAAGCUUUCCCAAGGGUCCUGGGGUCCUUGGCUCCCUGGCCCACCUCCCAACUGCUCCAUCGUGCUCCUGCUCUCCUCUGCGCCAGCCUCAAGCUAGUCGACCCCUGCCAUGGGUGUCUACCUGCUGGUCCCCCUCGCAGGGUUCUGGACUCUCGAGGACCAGGCCCAGGUCCACUCACACCUCUGCUCAGCACCUAGAGAGCAUGGAGGGAAAGGUGACCCCUCAACCUGCUAACCCAGCCUGUCAUCGUGGAUGGAGGUGAACAGAAGUGACUCCGUUCAGGUCUUCCAAAGCCUGUCCAUGAGGGUGAGGCUCUCGGGGAACACAACGCCCUUUGAGGGCCAAGCCACAUACCCUGGACUCAGGCCUUCAGAGGGGAUGCUACACCCAGACUUAUGGGGGUAGGUUGCUCUUAUUAGGACAUAGGCUAAGUUAUCACAGAGACCUGAAAUCCACUGGCCCAGUGCAACAGCCCUGAGUAAAUGGGAUCAGGUUGUGGGUGGCUUUGCUUCUCAGGGCUGUGCCAGGACCCAGGUUUCCUCCAUCUGUGACUCGCCAUCCCUGGCGAGGAGGCCCUGUCCACGUGGCUGAUGGCACAGGGAAGUAGGCUCAUCCUUUCCGCUCAUGUCCAUUCACCAGAGCUUCAUCACAUGGCACACCUAGCCGCCCGGCAGGCUGGAAUGUCCUGGCCAUGUGCCCUACCAGAGCUCCUGCAGUCGGUGGAGAUGAUUCUAGCAAAAGGAAGAAGUGGAGGAUGGAUACUGGGAGUCAUCUGGCAGCCCCCUGCCUCUCGUGCUAACCCCUUCUCCCACCAAGCACCAGCCAGCAGGACUGCUUCUCUGAGUUUCACUGGUGUCAUGGGAUUGAAUUGUGUCCCUCAAAAAGACAUGUUCCAGUCCUAACCCUGGUGUGUUCCAGUUUGCUAAUGCUGCUGUUAUGCAAAAUACCAGAAAAGAACUAGCUUUAACAAAGGGGAUUUA